UUUUGAAAAUGUCUAUACCGCCAUAUAUGAUUCCGCCUAAUGCUUGGGCGGCACAAAUUCAUGCCUAUGCUGCGGCCCAAGCCCAACAGGCCCAUUUGCAUGCCCAACAAAUGGCCAAUCAAAUCCAACAAAUACCGCCGCCGGGAGCACCUCUGCCUCCACCCACACAGGUUGGUAUGCCGCCACAAGCCGGUCAACCGCAGCUGGGACAAAUUCCCACGCCAAAGCCUGAAUUGACAGAGGAAAAGCUGCAAGAAAAGGCUUUAAAGUGGCAGCAGUUGCAGUCAAAGCGUUUUGCUGAAAAGCGAAAGUUCGGCUUUGUCGAUGCCCAAAAAGAGGAUAUGCCUCCAGAACAUAUACGUAAAAUUAUACGAGAUCAUGGUGAUAUGACUUCUCGCAAGUACCGCCAUGAUAAGCGUGUCUAUUUGGGCGCAUUAAAAUAUAUGCCCCAUGCUGUUUUGAAACUACUUGAAAAUAUGCCAAUGCCUUGGGAACAAAUUCGGGAUGUCCAAGUGUUGUAUCACAUUACGGGCGCCAUUACAUUUGUAAAUGAAAUUCCCUGGGUUAUUGAACCAGUGUAUAUUGCCCAAUGGGGUACUAUGUGGAUUAUGAUGCGUCGUGAAAAACGCGAUCGUCGCCAUUUUAAACGUAUGCGUUUUCCACCAUUCGAUGAUGAGGAACCUCCUCUCGAUUAUGCUGACAACGUAUUGGAUGUUGAGCCAUUGGAGGCUAUACAAAUUGAAUUGGAUCCGGAUGAAGAUGGUGCAGUAUAUAAAUGGUUUUAUGAUCAUCGUCCAUUGGUUGGCACACCAUAUGUAAACGGUUCAACAUAUCGUAAAUGGAAUUUAACUUUACCACAAUUGGCUACGCUAUAUCGUUUGGCCAAUCAAUUGCUAACCGAUUUGGUGGAUUCGAAUUUCUUUUAUUUAUUUGACCCCAAAAGUUUUUUCACCGCCAAAGCUUUGAAUAUGGCCAUACCCGGUGGUCCCAAAUUUGAACCUUUAAUUAAAGAUCAUAAUGUGGGAGAUGAAGAUUGGAAUGAAUUCAAUGAUAUUAACAAAGUCAUUAUACGUCAACCAAUUCGUACGGAAUAUAGAAUUGCAUUUCCAUAUUUAUACAAUAAUAUGCCACAUUUUGUACAUUUGUCGUGGUAUCACACCCCCAAUGUGGUCUAUAUCAAAACAGAAGAUCCUGAUUUGCCAGCCUUUUAUUUUGAUCCCCUUAUUAAUCCCAUAUCCCAUCGUCAUGCUAAUGUUGUUAAAAUACCUGAACCAUUGCCAGAUGAUGAUGAAGAUUUUUCACUGCCUGAAGAAGUACAGCCAUUUCUGCAGGACACACCCCUAUAUACUGACAACACAGCCAAUGGUAUUGCAUUAUUAUGGGCCCCUAGACCAUUUAAUUUGCGGUCAGGACGUUGUCGUCGAGCAAUUGAUAUUCCAUUGGUUAAGAGUUGGUAUAAAGAACAUUGUCCACCCGGACAUCCGGUUAAGGUACGUGUCAGUUAUCAAAAGUUACUGAAAUAUUAUGUGCUGAAUGCAUUGAAACAUCGUCGACCUAAGCCACAAAGAAAACGCUACCUUUUCCGUUCCUUUAAAUCCACCAAAUUCUUCCAAACAACUACUUUGGAUUGGGUUGAGGCUGGUCUGCAAGUUUGCCGCCAGGGUUAUAAUAUGUUGAAUCUAUUGAUCCAUCGUAAAAAUUUAAACUAUUUACAUUUGGAUUAUAAUUUCAAUUUGAAACCCGUUAAAACCUUGACCACCAAGGAACGUAAAAAGAGUCGAUUUGGUAAUGCCUUCCAUUUGUGUCGAGAAAUCCUGCGCCUCACUAAAUUAAUUAUUGAUUCCCAUGUUCAAUAUCGUCUCAACAAUGUGGAUGCUUUUCAAUUGGCCGAUGGUCUGCAGUAUAUUUUUGCUCAUGUCGGCCAAUUGACAGGCAUGUAUCGUUAUAAAUACAAACUUAUGAGGCAAAUAAGAAUGUGCAAGGAUUUGAAGCAUUUAAUCUAUUAUCGCUUUAAUACGGGCCCCGUAGGCAAAGGUCCUGGUUGUGGUUUCUGGGCCCCAGGAUGGCGUGUUUGGCUAUUCUUUAUGCGUGGCAUAACUCCCCUUUUGGAACGUUGGUUGGGUAAUUUACUUUCCCGUCAAUUUGAGGGUCGUCACUCUAAGGGUGUUGCCAAAACUGUAACCAAACAACGUGUUGAAUCACAUUUCGAUUUGGAAUUGAGAGCCUCAGUUAUGCACGAUAUUGUAGAUAUGAUGCCUGAGGGUAUUAAACAAAACAAGGCCAGAACAAUUUUACAACAUUUGUCCGAGGCUUGGCGUUGUUGGAAAGCCAAUAUUCCUUGGAAAGUUCCCGGCCUACCCAUACCUAUUGAAAAUAUGAUAUUACGUUAUGUUAAAAUGAAAGCUGAUUGGUGGACAAAUACGGCUCACUACAAUCGCGAACGUAUACGACGUGGUGCCACCGUCGAUAAAACGGUGUGCAAAAAAAAUUUGGGUCGUUUGACACGUUUGUACUUAAAGGCCGAACAGGAAAGACAGCACAACUAUUUAAAAGAUGGUCCAUAUAUUUCACCCGAAGAAGCUGUUGCGAUUUAUACCACCACCGUACAUUGGUUGGAGUCGAGACGAUUUGGUCCCAUCCCCUUUCCACCGCUGUCCUAUAAACAUGACACUAAACUUUUGAUUUUGGCCUUGGAACGUUUGAAAGAAGCGUACAGCGUAAAAUCACGUUUAAAUCAAAGUCAACGUGAAGAAUUGGGUCUCAUUGAACAGGCUUAUGAUAACCCCCAUGAAGCUUUGUCACGUAUCAAAAGACAUUUGUUAACGCAGCGUGCAUUCAAAGAAGUUGGUAUAGAAUUUAUGGAUCUUUAUAGUCAUCUUAUACCGGUAUACGAUGUCGAACCAUUGGAAAAGAUUACCGAUGCCUAUUUGGAUCAAUAUCUGUGGUAUGAGGCAGAUAAGAGACGUCUAUUCCCGCCAUGGAUAAAACCAAGUGAUACUGAACCACCACCAUUGUUGGCCUAUAAGUGGUGUCAAGGUAUUAACAAUCUUCAAGACGUCUGGGAUGUUGGUGAGGGUGAAUGUAACGUUCUGCUAGAAUCACGUUUCGAAAAGCUAUAUGAAAAAAUCGAUUUGACCCUGCUGAAUCGUUUGUUACGUCUUAUUGUCGAUCAUAACAUUGCCGACUAUAUGACAGCUAAAAACAAUGUGGUAAUCAACUAUAAGGAUAUGAAUCAUACCAACAGUUAUGGCAUUAUACGUGGUCUACAAUUCUCAUCGUUUAUAACACAAUAUUAUGGUUUGGUAUUGGAUUUGUUAGUGUUGGGUCUGCAUCGUGCCAGUGAAAUGGCUGGACCACCACAAAUGCCCAAUGAUUUUCUGACGUUCCAAGAUACACAAACGGAAACAGCACAUCCCAUACGUUUAUAUUGUCGUUAUGUUGAUCGUAUACAUCUGUUCUUUAGAUUUACCGCCGAAGAAGCUCGUGAUUUGAUACAGCGUUAUUUAACCGAACAUCCUGAUCCGAAUAAUGAGAAUAUUGUUGGGUAUAAUAAUAAGAAAUGUUGGCCGCGUGAUGCUCGUAUGCGUCUGAUGAAACAUGAUGUUAAUUUGGGCCGUGCCGUAUUUUGGGAUAUCAAAAAUCGUCUACCACGUUCUGUGACCACCAUCAAUUGGGAAAACACAUUUGUCUCUGUCUAUUCUAAGGAUAAUCCAAAUCUGUUGUUUAAUAUGUGUGGCUUUGAAUGCAGAAUAUUGCCAAAGUGUCGCACCCAAAACGAAGAAUUCACCCACAGAGACGGUGUUUGGAAUUUACAAAAUGAAGUAACCAAAGAAAGAACAGCUCAGUGUUUCCUACGUGUGGAUGAUGAGUCUUUGGGACGGUUCCAUAAUCGUGUUAGGCAAAUUUUAAUGGCAUCUGGUUCUACAACAUUCACAAAGAUUGUCAACAAAUGGAAUACCGCUCUAAUCGGUCUCAUGACCUAUUUCCGUGAGGCUGUUGUCAACACCCAAGAAUUAUUGGAUUUGCUGGUGAAAUGUGAAAACAAAAUUCAAACACGUAUCAAGAUUGGUUUGAACUCAAAAAUGCCUUCACGUUUUCCACCCGUGGUGUUUUAUACACCCAAAGAGUUGGGUGGUUUGGGUAUGUUGAGUAUGGGUCAUGUGUUGAUACCUCAAUCGGAUUUGAGAUGGUCCAAACAAACCGAUGUGGGAAUUACUCAUUUCAGAUCGGGUAUGUCUCACGACGAAGAUCAAUUGAUACCAAAUCUUUAUCGUUAUAUACAGCCGUGGGAAAGUGAAUUUAUCGAUUCACAACGUGUUUGGGCCGAAUAUGCCUUGAAACGUCAAGAAGCCAGCACACAAAACCGUCGCUUAACAUUGGAAGAUUUGGAGGACAGUUGGGAUCGUGGUAUACCUCGUAUCAAUACGCUUUUCCAAAAGGAUCGCCACACCCUGGCCUAUGACAAAGGAUGGCGUAUUCGUACCGAAUUCAAACAAUAUCAAGUACUCAAACAAAAUCCCUUCUGGUGGACUCAUCAAAGACACGAUGGCAAGUUAUGGAAUUUGAAUAAUUAUCGCACGGACAUGAUUCAGGCAUUGGGUGGUGUUGAGGGUAUUUUGGAACAUACACUAUUCAAGGGUACCUAUUUCCCCACAUGGGAAGGUCUGUUCUGGGAAAAGGCGUCCGGUUUUGAAGAGUCAAUGAAAUACAAAAAGCUGACAAAUGCCCAAAGAUCCGGUUUGAAUCAAAUCCCCAAUCGUCGUUUCACCUUGUGGUGGUCACCGACAAUUAAUCGUGCCAAUGUCUAUGUUGGUUUCCAAGUACAAUUGGACUUGACUGGUAUUUUCAUGCACGGUAAAAUCCCCACAUUGAAAAUUUCCCUCAUUCAAAUCUUCAGAGCCCAUUUAUGGCAGAAAAUACACGAGUCUAUUGUCAUGGAUUUGUGUCAGGUAUUCGAUCAAGAGUUGGAUGCUUUGGAAAUUGAAACCGUACAAAAAGAGACUAUACAUCCACGUAAAUCCUAUAAAAUGAAUUCGUCGUGUGCUGAUAUUUUACUUUUCCCCGCCUAUAAAUGGAAUGUUUCACGACCAUCGUUGCUGGCCGACACUAAAGACACAAUGGAUAACACGACCACCCAGAAAUAUUGGUUAGAUAUACAAUUGAGAUGGGGUGAUUAUGAUUCACAUGAUGUAGAACGUUAUGCCAGGGCCAAGUUCUUGGAUUACACCACAGAUAAUAUGUCCAUAUAUCCGUCGCCAACGGGUGUCCUAAUAGCCAUUGAUUUGGCUUAUAAUUUACAUUCGGCAUAUGGUAAUUGGUUCCCGGGAAGUAAGACAUUAAUACAACAGGCCAUGGCGAAAAUCAUGAAAGCCAACCCGGCUUUGUAUGUGUUGAGAGAACGUAUACGCAAGGCACUGCAGUUGUAUUCCUCAGAACCCACGGAACCCUAUUUGAGUUCUCAAAACUAUGGUGAAUUGUUUAGCAAUCAAAUUAUUUGGUUUGUGGACGACACGAAUGUGUACCGUGUCACCAUACACAAAACAUUUGAGGGUAACUUGACCACCAAACCCAUUAACGGUGCAAUUUUCAUAUUUAAUCCACGUACCGGUCAACUAUUCUUGAAGAUUAUUCACACCUCAGUGUGGGCGGGUCAAAAACGUUUGGGUCAAUUGGCCAAAUGGAAGACAGCCGAAGAAGUUGCCGCCUUAAUUCGAUCCCUACCGGUGGAAGAACAGCCCAAACAAAUUAUUGUCACACGUAAGGGUAUGUUGGAUCCGUUGGAAGUGCAUUUGUUAGAUUUCCCCAAUAUUGUCAUCAAAGGCUCUGAAUUGCAGUUGCCCUUCCAGGCCUGUUUGAAGGUAGAGAAGUUUGGCGAUUUGAUUCUGAAAGCCACUGAGCCUCAGAUGGUAUUAUUCAAUCUCUAUGAUGAUUGGUUGAAAACAAUUUCCUCCUAUACCGCCUUCAGUCGUCUGAUAUUGAUUUUGAGAGCACUCCAUGUGAACACUGAGAGGACAAAAAUUAUUUUGAAACCUGAUAAGACCACCAUUACCGAAGCUCAUCACAUCUGGCCAACACUGACCGAUGAAGAAUGGAUUAAAGUGGAGGUGCAACUUAAAGAUUUAAUCCUGGCCGAUUAUGGUAAAAAGAACAAUGUCAACGUUGCCUCUCUGACACAAUCCGAAAUUCGUGAUAUUAUCUUGGGUAUGGAAAUAAGUGCUCCAUCGGCGCAGAGACAACAGAUUGCCGAAAUUGAAAAACAAACCAAGGAACAAAAUCAAUUGACUGCUACCACCACCAGAACAACAAACAAACAUGGUGACGAAAUCAUAACCUCCACUACCUCAAAUUAUGAAACUCAAACGUUCAGCUCGAAAACUGAAUGGCGUGUGCGAGCCAUUUCAGCCACUAAUUUACAUUUGCGAACAAAUCACAUCUACGUUUCGUCUGAUGAUAUCAAAGAAACCGGCUAUACUUAUAUUCUACCCAAGAAUAUUCUCAAGAAAUUUGUGACCAUAUCCGAUUUAAGAGCUCAAAUUGCCGGCUAUCUUUACGGGGUUAGUCCACCUGAUAAUCCACAAGUUAAGGAGAUACGUUGUAUUGUUAUGCCGCCACAAUGGGGUACCCAUCAGACCAUCAAUUUACCCAAUAGCCUGCCCACACAUCAAUAUCUCAAAGAUAUGGAACCGUUGGGAUGGAUACACACGCAACCCAAUGAAUUGCCCCAGCUAUCACCGCAAGACAUUACAACACAUGCCAAAAUAAUGCAAGAAAAUUCCACCUGGGAUGGUGAAAAAACAAUUAUUAUUACAUGUUCAUUCACACCUGGAUCUUGUUCGCUAACCGCUUACAAAUUAACACCAUCCGGUUUUGAAUGGGGCUCCAAGAACACCGACAAGGGCAACAAUCCCAAGGGCUAUCUGCCCUCACACUACGAACGUGUACAAAUGUUGCUAUCGAAUAAAUUCCUUGGUUUCUUUAUGGUUCCUGCCCAAGGCAGUUGGAACUAUAAUUUUAUGGGUGUACGGCAUGAUCCCAAUAUGAAAUAUGAACUACAAUUGGCAAAUCCUAAGGAAUUCUAUCAUGAAAUACAUCGGCCAUCACACUUUUUACUAUUUGCCAAUCUGGAAGAUGGCGGUGAUGGUUCGGGUGCAGAUCGUGAAGAUGUUUUUUCGUAGUUU